UUCUCAACCCAAACCCAUACUUCCGUUUCGAUUUUUGUUUCCGGAAGUUAUUUUUAUUAAUUUUAAUGAAAUAUUUCGUUUAUGAGUUUUUAUAGAUAUGUACAUAGGUAAACACAAAAGUAAUAAAAUGUAAUAUCCUAGCUUAUAAAAUUAAUAAUUUUUCUUGAAUAAUAAAACAUUUUACCUACGAAGGUACGUAAUUUCCGGUUUAUUUUAAUGUUAACUUUCUGAUAACUUUUAAGGAGCAUUCCAUCUGAAAAUCUCAACAUGAGCAGUUUAUUUACCAAAUUACGUUCUUCAAAGAAAUCAGGCAAAAAAGAACAAGCACCUUCAGAAAUUGGAAUACCUUUUUCUGUCAAACAUAACAUUCAUGUGAAAUUUAAUGAAAAUACAGGAGAAGUUGAAGGUUUGCCUGAGCCGUGGCUUCGUCUUUUACAGCAUGCAAAUAUUAGUAAAACUGAACAGAGUCAAAAUCCUGCUGCUGUUUUACAAGCUCUUAAGUACUAUGUCCAUUCCAUUAAAAAAAAGCCAUGUGAAGUGAAGUUUAUGACUACUACUAAAACAGCUGAUGAAGAAUCCCUAGAAAUUGAAGAAACAGCUCCUGAUGGCACUGUUUCUGUGACUGAACUUGACAGAGGAAACGCAUCUGAAUCUGACGAAGAUAUUCUUGCUGAUACUACUGAGGUAAAUGAUAACAUUGAUUGUUCUGACAAAGUGACAACAGACCUUGAAAAACUGAAAGUCGUUGCUGACCCUCAAUAUCCACCCCCUGUUAUGAGAAGAAAAAAACUUUCUGAUACUGAAGUCAUGGAUAAAUUAAAAUGCAUUACUUCUCCUGGGGAUCCCCAGCAAAAAUAUUCUUUGAUCAAGAAAAUUGGUUCCGGGGCAUCAGGUUUAGUGUAUACUGCAAUUGAUAAAGAGUCUGGAGAAAAAGUAGCCAUUAAAACAAUGGAUAUUGGACAACAACCUCAAAAAGAUCUUAUUAUAACUGAAAUCAAAGUCAUGCAACAAAAUAAACACCCUAAUCUUGUAAACUUUGUGGAAAGCUACCUUGUUGAUGGAUCAUUGUGGGUCGUCAUGGAAUAUUUAGAGGGAGGUCCUCUUACAGAUGUCGUCAUGGAAGUUCUCAUGAACGAAAGCCAGAUUGCAUCUGUGUGUCGAGAAACCCUGAAAGCGAUCGCAUUCCUUCAUUCCAGAGGGAUCAUUCACAGGGAUAUUAAAAGUGACAAUGUCCUACUCGGUAUGGACGGAACUGUGAAAGUGACCGACUUCGGAUUCUGUGCUCAGAUCACGCCAGAGGAGAAGAGGCAGACAGUUGUCGGUACGCCUUACUGGAUGGCUCCCGAAGUCGUGACUCGUAAGCAGUACGGGAAUAAAAUCGAUAUCUGGAGCCUUGGUAUCAUGGUGAUUGAAAUGAUUGACGGGGAGCCACCCUAUUUGAAUGAAACACCCUUAAAAGCUUUAUAUCUUAUUGCCACCACAGGAAAGCCCAAACUGAAAGACAGGGCAAAACUGUCUGCUGAACUGAGUGACUUUUUAGACAAGUGCCUGGAAGUGGACGUCGAGAAGCGAGCCUCGGCUGCCGAACUUUUGAAACACCCAUUCCUCCAGAAAGCUGGCAGUCUCUCUUCGAUGACUCCGCUUAUAAGAGCUGCAAGAGUUAUACUGAAAAAGUAAUUUCGCGCUUUUAUCCAAAAAGUAUUUUGAGUUAAGUUUCGCAUUCCUAUAUUUUCUCCCAUUCCAUUGAAUGAAGUAUUGCAAAAAAUACUAGUCAAAGUGAUUUCGAUUUAGCAAUCAUCGCAGAAAUAAUAUGUCAAACAUAUUUAGAAUAGAUCUUAUGAGCUGCCAUUUGCUAUGUGAAUGUAAAUGUAUACAUAAUUGUUUUUCAUUGAGUGAGAAUGCAAGUGUGCUAUCGCCAUUUUUUUUUUCUUUAUGAUUUGUUUCUACUUCAUGAGAAGCUUUUAUUUCAGUAGUGGGCCAACUCCACAUAUUAAAAAAAGGGUUUAAGCCCUACUUUUAUGUUAAUGCUAAGUUUUUUUAAAAAAAUCUUAUUUCAAAAGCUAUUAAAUGUCAAGCUUAUUUCUGCUGCUUAACAAAAGAAAAGAACAAAAAAUACACUCUUUAGAUUUUUACCUCUAAGCAUUGAGUUGGACCACAGCUCAAAUUUGAGCUUUGUAUGAGAGUUGUGCCAUGAUAAAUCCCCCUUAAUAUAUAUUUUUCAAAAUUUUUGUAGAAAAAUUAACCAGAUAAACAUCUCAAGAUAAUCACUUGUUAUUAUACUCAAGACUUGUAUAUUAAACUCAAGAUAAUCACUUCAGAUUGUUUUUCAUUACUUUAAUACUAUGUGUAAAUUUUUUAAACAAGCGUUUCUCAAAAACUAUUAUAAUAGUUAACUAAAAAUUUAGUUAUUUUGUUUUAGUUAGGUUCUUUUGCGAACGCUCAAUAUUUUUUGUUUUAUCCUUUUUUUAAAAAUUAAACGAACAUUUUGCAUAAUUAGUACAUUCCUUUAUACUGGUCAAUCAAGUUUUAUUAAAAACGGCUUAUGCAAAAACACAAGGUCU